AUGCCCUCGACCUGUGCGUCCAGCGGAAUGAAAUGGGGUGGUGCGCCAGGGAUGUCAACUGUGCGACAACGCGCGCGCUUACUUCAGCGCAAAGGGCUUUCACUUAUGCGUCUUACGAAUCCCCGACUCUCCGAAAGUGAUUCUAAGGCAGUUAUGUCAAUCGUUGGUCAGGUCCUCAAGAUCCAGGAGACAAUUACCAAUGAUGUGGACAAAGAAUUAGGACUUGCUAACAUAUGUGGGCCCGUUAAGGACGAUCACCCGUCAUCUCCGCGUUGUGACUCGCCUAGCACAGAAAGCGCCAGUUUACCGAAAUCUGAUGCGAGAGACUCCAUUCAUGGUGAUCAUCCUUCUAUCCCUGAUUCAUUAAAACAUGAAAAUCCCACCAUUUUGCUUACUAUUCCUAUCCUUUCGCAUUUUUUGCCUGCCUUAUUCGAUAAGGAAUUUGCGUCGUUCUGUCCACAAAGUUGCAAAUACAAAACCAACAAUCGAGUGGAAAACACGAGCCACGCCCAGAUAGGCACCCAUGGAAAGUAUGAAGUUCACAAAGACGUCUAUACAAGCAUAUAA